AUGUCCGAGAAGAAGCCACAAGGUUCAGACGCUCGCCCCAAGUGUGGUCUGCGCAGUUGGAGUGCCGACAGUUACGUUUGGCGAGGAAAGAAACGCUCAAGAAGUUCUCGCAAAGCUUCCAGCGUAGGCGGGUGUGACACAGAGGGAUCCCAGGAACUCGGGUUACGGUCCACUUCCUGUCCGAGGAAGCGCAGAGAGAGAAAGUGCAGCUGCAGCACUGUGGGAGAAGACAUUGAUGUGGUUUGUCGAAAGUCCUUGUCAAGGCGCUCCUUGCGGCAGAAAUUCCAGGAUGCGGUUGGACAGUGUUUACCUCUGCGGUCCCAUAACCAUCAUCAUCAUCAUCAUCAUCAUUAUGCACAGGCAGCCUCACGGCCUUUCUCCGUGCUAUUCUGGUCCAAACGUAAGAUUCAUGUCUCUGAGCUCAUGCAGGACAAGUGCCCUUUCUCGCCCAAAUCUGAACUGGCCCACUGUUGGCACCUUUUUAAAAGCCACGCUGCCCAUCCAAGUGCCCUCAAGGACCUGGAGGCUCACCUCAAACUCAGUGUCCCGUCCUCAUCCGUACAGACACUCUCCUGGGAGGAUAUCUGCUGCUCCCCUCAGGAACCCGGAAGCAGCGCUCAAGAGGACCGGGACCUCACUUGUCCACUUGACGGCGCAGAGGACGUCGGCAGCCACGUCCUGGUCCCGGAUCUCUUGCAGAUCAACAACAGCUCCUGCUACUGGGGGGUGUUGAACCGCUUCGAGGCCGAGGAACUGCUGGAGGGUCAACCGGAGGGGACCUUCCUGCUCCGGGACUCCGCACAGGACGAGUUCCUCUUUUCAGUCAGCUUUCGACGGUACAGCCGCUCCCUGCACGCACGCAUCGAGCAGAACGGAAAGCGUUUCAGCUUCGAUGUGCACGACCCGUGCAUGUACCGGGACGCCAGUGUGACAGGGUUGCUGAGACACUACAGUGACCCUGCUACCUGUCUCUUCUUUGAGCCCCUGCUUUCCCAGCCACUACCUAGGACCUUUCCUUUCUCCCUGCAGCACCUGUGCAGGGCGGUGGUCUGCAGCCGCACCACCUACCAGGGUAUAGAGAGCCUGCCACUUCCCCCUCAGCUAAGGGACUACCUUCGACAAUAUCACGUCAAGUGUCAAGAGGCCAGUGCGGUGUGA